CUUUCAAACGGACGGCUUUCAUCCAGAUGGCGGCCUCCCGGUCCACAAACGAAGCCGUGCGUGGCAAUGAAAGCGAUGCCGCCUCGCCAUGGACCUACCAUCAGGACAAAGACGCGCAAUACUCGCUGCCGAACAGGUAUGGCAUCUACUACGCUCACUGCAGUGCAAGGCUGAUCGAAUCCAUCCAGCUCGCCCGAACAAGAGCGUUUAGAAGAACAGGCGGCCUUGCUUUCCGUUUUGAUGCACCACCGCGUCCUCCACGCUCCCGUCAAAGACGGCAAAGACGUGCGGUGUCUCGACGUCGGCUGCGGCACAGGCGUAGUCACCGACACUAUCGCCACAGCUUUCCCGCAAGCGCAGUGCUAUGGUCUCGACCUCUCGCCCGUCCCCGUGCUGCGGGCGCGGAAAUCCAACGUGCGUUUCUUCCAAGGCAAUAUCAGCACCCAGCGUCCGUCACAAUGGACCGCGGACGAUGGGGGCGUAGGUUUCGCGCAAGACCGUGAAGUCUUCGACUAUAUCUUCGGUCGACUCCUUGUUUGCGGCAUGACGGACUGGCCGUCCUACGUCCAGACGCAAUUUGACCUGCUGAAACCCGGAGGCUGGGCGGAAGUGCACGACCACGAUUGGACCUAUUUCAACGACGCCGGCGAGGUCAUCUCCAACGAAUGGUUCUGGCUUCAAGGCCUCUCCUCCAUAUGCGAGGGGAAGAAAGGGAUGGAUCUCCGCUGCGGAAGCAAGGCGGCGCAAUGGAUGGAGCAGGCAGGGUUCGGCGACAUCCGGGUGGCCAGGUACAAGUGGUCGUAUGAUCCCUUCGAAAAGGAGCCGGGAGUUCGGGAGUUCGCAGCCUGGCAUCAGAAGCGGCAGCCCCCACUGGUCUGCACCGUGGUGGAACGAGCGUUCACUAGUGGGUUGGGGGCGGGCAUGGUCGAUCAUGAGACGAUCGUGCGGAUGCAGGAGGACGUGUUGAGCAAAAUGGCGCCGCAGAGGGGCAAACACGCGUGGUUCUAUGUGACAAUUGGGCGGAAGCCGGAAGUGCCUUAGCAAUAAUCCGUACAAUAUUCGAGUGCUCGCAACCCCCGAUUAGAUCUUCAGUGUCUGCAUUCGAAGAUCGUAAAAGCGAGUGGUCGAGGAGUGAUGCGGAGUUGUGGAGUUGGCCCCGACCACUCCACUCCCCUGCUUCGGCUGCUUCAAUGCUUCUCCACUCUCCUACUUCCGCUCCUCAGCACAAGAACGACGUGACGUAGUGUCAAGAUGCUGAAAAGAAUGAUCCGGCGGCGACGUUGACUGAUCUUCGAUGUCUUGGGCUACUCCACCCUCGCUCGUACUUCGGCCAUGCACAGGGAAGACGUUAGGUAAUAUCGAGA